AUGAGCUCUGGCGACGCGAAGAUCUGGCUCAUAACCGGCGCGUCCUCUGGUCUAGGGCGCGCUAUGACUGAAUUUGUCCUCAACAACGGUGACGUCGCCGUUGCAACCCUUCGUCAACCCGAUGUUCUCGCUGAUUUGACCGCGCUCUAUCCUCCGGAUAAACUGCUCGUUCUCAGCCUGGACGUCACUCACAAGGUCGAAGUCGAGACGGUCUUCGCCAAAAUACGCGAGGUUUUUGGUCGCCUGGACGUUGUAUACAGCAACGCCGGGAUAUUGGCCUGGGGAGAAGUCGAGUCUAUGGAUGAGGAUAGCGCACGCAAGAUAUUUGAAACCAACUUCUGGGGCGCAUCCUACGUUACCCGGGGGGCGCUGGCGUUCUUUCGGGAGGUGAACAAACCUGCCGGAGGACGCCUGAUACAGGUCUCGUCCUGUGUCGGCAUUCAAGCAAAGCCUGGUUUUGGAUACUACUCUGCAACCAAAUUCGCUCUCGAAGGCCUAACUGAGGCAAUCGUGGAGGAAGUCGAUCCUUCCUGGAACAUCAAGGCCACAAUCGUAGAACACGGUCCCUUCCGCUCAAAGAUAAUGGGCAGCCAUAUCAAAUCCGUUCCCUCACACCCUGCCUAUGCCCACCCAAACAUGACAGGGCAGCAUUUCUUCAAUGUCUGCGCAGACGACGAAUUCUCCGAUGGUGAUCCAUACAAAGCAGCAGUGGCGAUGGAUAAGAUUGCGCGAAUGGACGAUCCCCCUCUUCGACUCCCCCUUCAUAAAUUCUCGCUGGGUUUGGUGAGGAACAAGCUUGAUGUGACGACGAGGGAACUCGAGAAAUACGCCUCGUGGUCGGACGAUGUCUGCUUCUAGCCUCUAGACAUGUACAGUGCAGGGAAUGCUAGCACAUGUACGUACUACGAAGGUAGGUUAUGCCUAACCUAGAGUAAAUCUCGUAUUUACCAACCCACUAUCGAAUGAAUCAUGGACAAAAUCAUCAUAGAAAUAGUAUGUAGUGUGCACGCUUC